UGGAGCCCGGCGACCCGGGCCGACCCCUCCCUGGGUGAAAAAAUCUGUCACCUGGGCAGAGAGAGCUCGCCGAAGGAGCGGGGCGAGAGUGGGCAGAGAGGAAAAUUCCGAAGAGCAAUGAGAGAAAACGAGAAUACGUGGGUUGUCCCUGUGCCCAGAAAGUCAAGACCGAGAGAGAGGGGAAAGUGUUGAAUGGAGGUUUGUCUGGUUGCUAUUGGAGACUAGACCUGCCCUCCUGACUGUACCAAUGGCACGGACGAGGAAUGCAUGCAGGUGGUUUUUGUUAGGGGACCCAUACCCCGAUCUGGAGUUGGUUUUUUCUGAUGUGAUGGAGAUAUGCAGCAAGAGAUGGGCAAGAAGGACCCUCUGUGUGUGUGUGUGAAGCUAUUUGUAUCUUUUGACUGAAGCUCAAAGUCUUAUUCCGUGACGACCUCUCCCACGAUGUUUUAUGGAUCUCCUUCUACCAUGUCCCCACCUAGCAAGAGCAAACUAAAGCGUCAGAGUCGCCUACUCUCUCACAUGCUAUCCCGAACACUGAGCUACAAGGACCGAGGCUGUGAUUCUGCUUUUCCCAGCUUGGGUGCCAGUGAUGACCCUGCAGAGCUUUCCACACAACUUUCUGCCCCAGGUGUCCUGAAGGUGUUUGGGGACAAUGUCUGUACAGGUGCCCACUACAAGAGUGUCCUGGCCACAGCUAGCUCUAGUGCUCAGGAGCUGGUAAAGGAGGCACUGGAGCGUUAUGCUUUGAAUGCAGUGUCAGCCAGCCAGUAUGUGCUAUGUGAUGUGGUGGGGCGAUUUGGGGACUUAGGACAGCAAUGGCAGGCAGAAUGCCUUCGAGUCCUACGGGAUAAUGAGAAGCCCCUUUUGAUUCAGGACCUGUGGAAGCCCCGAGAAGGCUUCUCUCGGAGGUUUGAGUUGAGAAAGAGAUCAGAGGUGGAAGAAUUGGCUGCCAGGGAUGUGGACACCAUCACAGCAGGGAUCAAUGCUCAGGCAAGGAAACUCCAGAAGAAUCGUGCAAAGGGUGCUACAACACUGACAGCAGGAUGUAAACGAAAUUCCACUCCACCCACACUUCGGCGCACAGUUAGUGAAACCAGCUUGAGCCAUCCUAGUACACAAGAAGAGGAGCCGAAGGGGCAUUAUUCCACCUUGUUGGACCCCAUCCGAAGCCCAGAGGACCCAGGCAAGGCGCUUCAGGACACUGUUUUGGAGACAGAUAGCAGUAGCAAUAUGCGAUACUCACUUUACCAAUCGCCACACCUUCUUCUUCUGCAGGGCUAUAGUCAGCAGCAUGAUAGCUUAGUUUAUGUGCUCAACCGCGAACAGCACACAGUGGGCCAGAGGACUCCCUCUAGCAAGCCUAGCAUCAGCCUUUCAGCCCCGGACAUUCUGCCCCUCCACUGUACUAUUCGUCGGCUCCACCUCUCCAGCCAUUCAAGACAUUCCCAAGCAGAAGAGAAGCUUAUCCUUGAGCCAAUACCUGGAGCUAGUAUAUCUGUCAACUUCUCAGAGGUGGGAAAGACUAUGGUGCUCCACCAUGGAGACCUACUCUCACUGGGGCUUUACUACCUGCUGCUUUAUAAAGAUCCUGCUCGAGCCCAAGCCCUCCCUGCCCAGACCCUGGCACGGCUCAAAGCUGUCCCCCGAACAUCAGACCCUGUCACCUGUAGAAUGUGUGGGACAGUGCUCAGGGGCAGAGCACCUUCCUCAUCCAAGAGGCAUGGAGCUCUGCCUAGUCAGAAGACCCCUCGACGAAGGCUUCAUUUGGAGUUUGAGCCAGCAGUGGAGGAUGUGCUAGUGAAGAGGAUCAUGACAUUGAUUGAGCCAGGGGGUGAUGACCAUAAGCUGACACCUGCUUUCCUACUCUGCCUCUGCAUCCAACACUCUGCCACCAACUUUGAGCCAGGCGAAUUUGGGCAGCUAUUGCUUAAACUGGCCAAACUGAUACAGAGGACAGUCUGGGAAAAAACCAAAGAACUAGCAGAGAAACAGUCUCAGCACCAGGAUCCUGUCUCCCUUUCCCGUCUCACCAUUGCUGACCUACUGCCAGACCUCCAGCAUAUUCUUUUCUGGAUGUCUAACUCCAUUGAGCUCCUUUACUUUGUCCAGCAGAAAUCUCCACUCUACAUCCAGAGCAUGGAAGAGGAGCUGGAUGUCAGAGGUUCUAAGGAGUCACUGUUUUCUUCAACCAUCACAGCCAGUGAGGAAGCCAUGACAGUUUUAGAGGAAGUGAUCAUGUACACAUUCCAGCAGUGUGUGUAUUACAUCUCUAAGUCUCUGUACGUCUCUCUGCCCAUUCUGCUGGAGUGUAUCCCUUUCCAGAAGGAGAACCGAGAAAGUUGGUGCUCAGCCCCGCAACUGCCUGAGGAGCUCCGACGUAUUGUGUCCAUCUAUCAGGUCACCUUGGACCUCCUCCGGCAGUAUGAGGUUCACCCAGAGAUUGCCUCCCAGAUGUUUGCCUACCUCUUUUUCUUCUCCAACACACUGCUCUUCAACCAGCUCCUGGACAAAGGACCUACACUGAGCUGCUUCCACUGGCCAAAAGGGGUACAAGUUUGUGCUCGCUUACGGCAGCUCUUGGAAUGGGCACAGAGUAUGGGCUUUGGGAUGCUGGCAGAGCAGUUCUUCAAGAAACUUUCCUGCACAGUAAACCUGUUGGCUACUCCCAGUGCCCAGCUGAUACAGAUGAACUGGUCAUCCCUGAGGACUCAGUUUCCAGAACUGAACCCUGCCCAGCUGCAUCGGUUGUUGACUCAAUACCAGCUUGCAUCUGACAUUGGUUCUGUGACUGCUUGGGAGCCUCUAGAUGAAGACAGGCCCAAAGCCUUCAGAACAGAGGACGUCCUGGAGUCUUAUGAUAAUCAUCCACCUAUCGUUCUGCCAAGUGGAGGGUUCAAGGUAGACUUGGAAGUAGAAUGCCUGGAUGAUAAUAUCUACCGGCACCUUCUUUACAUCCGCCACUUCUUAUGGAGCCUACAGAGUAAAUCCUCCCAUGGUUCGCAUCAUACUAUUCCUGAAGGGAACUCAGAGAGUCGGAGUAGUCGAGUGACUUCCAGGGAUGCUGGGGACCAAGUGGAUUCAAAGCAUUCAGGGGGCACAGGGGGCAGGGCGGUUGGAGAGGCAGCCAAAACCCUAUCUGUCCCUGCCAGUGGGGCAUCCCGAGCUCAGUCCCCUGGUAGAACCCUGGAGAAGCUAAAGCCACAGAACAGCAUGGGCAGGAAUGGCCCUAAGAUGAACACACCUCACGGGGAUUCUUCCUGUCUGUUGACCCCUCCCAACACACCACUCAACUUCGAACCCAGAAGUCAGGAUUCUCCCCAGCCCAGUGGCAGCUGUGAAAAACCCCUGCAUGAGCUGAAGAGGAAUGGCCUUCGUGCUCAGAGCACUGCACAGGAAGGAGAUUCUCCCACCCCCAUUGAUUAUCCUACCCCUGCCUCCUCCAGUCGCAGUUCAGCCACUGAUGACUUCUGUUACGCCUUUGUCGUGGAGUUGGAAAGAGGACCCCUUGGGCUGGGGAUGGGCCUGAUAGAUGGGCUGCACACUCCUCUGAAUGCUCCUGGUAUCUACAUCCGGACCUUGAUCCCGGACAGCCCAGCAGCCUCCGAUGGUAGACUUUCCUUAGGAGAUCGAAUUCUUGCAGUGAAUGGCACCAGUUUGAUUGGCACAGAUUAUCAGAGUGCUGUGGACUUGAUCCGAUCUGGGGGAAAGAAGCUAAGGUUUCUGGUUGCCAAAUCAGAUACAGAAAUAACUAAGAAAAUCAGCUCAAGCGCCUCUCCUUCCUAGGGCUUUUGUUCCAGUACUGCUCUACAUAUCUGCUUGUAUCAAGGCUUUGUCAGGCUUGCUUAAUAAUGUUCUUAGAAGGUGAGAAUCCAGCAGGUUAUGAUAGUCUCCUGUAUCUGCUUUUCAUGCUGCAAGUGUUUGCUCAGUGUUACAUCCUGUAUUUUAUGCAGAAGAAAUUAUAGUGUGCUGCUGGCUUCCAGUAUGUGUUCAGUCUACAAACUAAAUAAUGGGGACAAUCAGAUGUGACUCAUCUCAGAAUUGUAGCAUGAUCAACUAUUACUUUUCUGCCUCCUUCCAAAAUGUUUGGUCCAGCACAAAAUGCAGACUGGUAGGGUUUUUAGAUGCCCUUUCCUACAGUGACUGUUUGUUGUAUGUGAACUUUAUAGAGGCAACAAAAUUCCCAGUCAGCUUUCAGUUCUUGUUCUGUACAUAGUACGUACAUGUGAAAAUACUAAACUCAGUAGUCUACUAGAUAAUCUUUUCCAUGUUCCUCAACUCAAAAACUGUUAUUAUUCUACAGUUGGGCCCUGAGAACUUAGGGACUGAGAAAAGGAAGAAAAAUUCUUGGCCAGAGUGGCAUACAUACUUGAUUCUUACAUACUGGAAUUUUGACUGUCAGCCAAAGAUUCAUGAAAUAGUAAGCAUCCUACUAAAGGAAGAAUAGAAAGGUACCAGCCUCUUAGAUAUACUCUCCUAUAUAUACUACAGUCACAUGUAAUCAGUUGAAAUUGUCUGCAAAAGACUAGCUACUUCCUGUAUCAUUCAUUUCUACAAAGAAAAAAUGUUGUGAUUAAAUAUUAACUUGGCUAUCUUAUGAUAAGGGUUCCUAGCAGAUUUCUUCCUGAAUCUCUUGUUAAUAAGCUGGAUGCCUAAGUUGGUUCUCUCACCAAGCCAGAUGAGCCCUUUAACAUAUCUGGAAUACUUUAGCUGAGAUGGUUUGGUAUCAGAAACUAGUCCCUGUGCAUUUUUCUUAUGCUAUCCCUUAGGUGUUACCCCAAGUGCCUUCUUAAGACAGUGGGUAGUGCCAAACUCAGCCUGGCCCAAAACUAAAUAUUACCCUUUUAGGAAUCUAUUCAUAAUUCUUUUGAAGACUGGUACAAGUAUCCUGCUUCUCCAGAACUUUGUAGUCAAGACUAAUGGAGUGGUAUUUUAAGUUUCCAGAUGGCUUAUAGACCAGCAUAACAAAGUAACUCAGUUUGGAUUGUGAGUGAAGCCGAUUAAAAUUAAAACCAUGAAGAAUGGUUCUUUUGGACAAGCAAAAAACUGAUGUAGGGUUUUACAAAGCUUAUCUGAGCUGAGACUAGUAAUGCUGGGCCAGGCAGCAUCCUAUGAAUUGUUAUUCUACUGCAAUCUAACACAUGGGGCUCCUUCUGCUUGACAAGUCAUACCAACGCACAAUCAGAGUGAAUGCAAAAACCUAUAAUAAUACCUCUUUUCCUUUAUUCAGAUGCUUCAUUGAAUUGUUGAAUCUCAAUCUCUCCAAAAGGAGCUCUAUCAUCUUUGUUUAUUAGAAUCAAAUGUUCUAUUAAUGUAAAUAGGAGGGGGGGAAUGUUAAAUUCUAUUCUUGGAUGUCACC